AUGUCGCACGCACAGCCUUUUGUAUCGCGGGUAGGUGGAAAAGGCAGGAGCAAGAUUCAUGCAAGAAAAGCCCACAAAAAAUCAAGGCAGGGUUGUACCGAGUGCAAGCGCCGGCACAUGAAGUGUGAUGAGACACGCCCAAAAUGUGUCAAUUGCAAUGUUUCAGAGCGUCACUGCUCAUAUGAGGAGAUGGUGUCGAAGGCGAAUGCUUUGACACAACCUUCCCGACUCGAGUCAAAGCUCGCUCACAGGACCAGAGAUGAACUGUCUGUGAGUUCGUCGAGUAGCGCUCAUGCCUUUGGGGCAGAUGACAGUCCUCCGGUAAAUAAGCUGCAUCUAGAACUACUCCAUCACUUUGUUACCGACAUCUUGAAUUUUAUUGGCAUCGACAAAUGCUGCACUGAGGGCUCUGCUAUCGACAUAACUAAGUACAUUUUGACUGCGUCAUAUCUUAUGAACCAAGUUUUGGCGUUCUCUGCAUUACAUUUAAGUGUCGUUCACCCAGACAAGAGGGAGUUUUACCAAUAUCAUGCGGCCCAGCUGCAGACGCAUGCUCUUUCUGAAUUCAAUGGUGCCAAAUUGGAUAUAUCCCCCGAAAAUUGCGUUCCAAUUUUCCUUUUUUCUUCAUGUCUUGCGAUGCACGUCCUCUCCGAGAAGCUUUUGUUUCGCCCGCAUGACUUCGAAGCUUUCCUUGAUCAUUUCAUUCAGUCACUGAGAAUGCAUCGUGGGGUCCGUGCGGUUACCAGUGAAUCCUGGCAUCUCCUUUUGCAGUCACCGCUGAAAUCUCUACUUGAAAAUGAAGGCAAGAGACUAGAACACGGUUCCUCUAGGCAUGAGUUUCUCGAGCUCCUUGCCCUUGUGGAUGCCAUGUCUUUUGACCCAGCAAUCGAUACUGCAUAUCGACAUACGAUUGAAGACCUACAGAAAGCUUAUAAUGGAAGCCGAUCCCCUCCAUCCGAUUUCUCUACAAUCGGCCCGAUCAUUUCCUGGCCGGUCAUCAUCCCUUCGGGGUACGUAGAGUUGCUGUCGGAACGGCGACCAGAGGCGCUUGCAAUCCUCUCUCAUUUCGGUGUUCUUUUACACAUGCACCGUGAGGUGUGGACUUUCGGAAACAGUGGCCUCUAUCUGAUAUCUUCUAUUAAUGAAUAUUUGGGGCCUCAGUGGGAGAAUUGGUUACGUUGGCCCAAUAGCUUCCUUAAUCAGUGUGAUUGA